UCCCGCCCCUGUGCAGUGCAGUAUAAAGGCGGUGUCCGCUGGCGGGAGCGUCAGAGUGCUGGAGUCGCUGCUGGAUUAACACUCAGCCUGAGCUCAGAGCAACAGACCAACAGAGCAACCUUCACCUUUCCACUCCUCUCCUGCAGAGCACAGCUCCUCAGACCAUGACUGUCCUGGUGUGGUGUGUGUUAUCCUGCUUUGGGGUGCUGACAUCAGCGAGACCACGAAUGGAUACAGCUGUCACUGACACACACAGAGGAUCUGAUGGGAGUGAUGAUCUGACCAAUCAGACGCCAGGAGAGACGCUGCCGUUUGUCAGAGUGCAAGACAUCAUAGACUCCCUGCUCAUCCCCCGCACCAGCUCUCCCGCAGUCAGCUGGCGGCUGCGGCUGCGGCGCUCGAAGGCUCCGGUGAGCCAGUCUCGGCGCGGGGGCUGCUCCCUGGGCACGUGUACGGUGCACGACCUGGCCCACCGCCUCAGCCAGCUCAACAACCGGCUCAAGAUCACGCAGGCCCCCCGUGACAAGAUCUCCCCCCAGGGCUACGGCCGCCGCCGCCGCCGCCGCUCCGCGGCUCCACAGCGCCUCCUGCUGCGCGGGCAGGGACUCCACCUGUGGCCCGUCUGGACCAGGGUGCUCAAACACACCUGAGCCACACACACACGCACACACACACAUGCACACACACACGCGGGGCACCAAGACCCAGCGGACACCAGGCUGCCUACAGACAGCUACUCCAGCUGCCAAGAGACAGGAUGGAGGGAGAGAGAUAGGGGGGUGAGAGAAGGAAAGAAAGGGGGGGGGAGAGAAGGAGAGAGAGGGGGGGGAGGAGAGAGAGAGAUGUAAGAGACUCGAAUUUGCCUCGUCAGUCUCUGUCACAAACAACAGCUGAGCCCUUUCAGACAGACAGAGAGAGAGAGAGAGAGAGGGAGAGAGAGAGAGAGAGACAGAGAGAGAGAAAGAGAGAGAGAGAGA